AGCAAAAUAAAAAGAAUGAAUGAGAAUAUUCUAAGAAAAGCAGAAACUUUGGACCAGAUUGGACGGGACGGGACGGGACUGGCGUCUAAAUUGAAUCUGAAAAAGGCCAUUGAUGUAUCUCGCUGUGCUCAGCCUAUCAAACGAAGCCCCGAAAACGAAGCUGCUGGCACUAGUAUCGUGUGCGCUUUCUUCGUUAUUUGCUUUAUCAGCUCUGCGCAUCUGUUACCAGCUGCGUCUGAAUGUCGUAAUAGAAACACACCGCCUUUGAAAACCAACAAUGCCAACGAACUCCUCUCCGAUCUCAAUAUUGAAGUAGGAGCCGUUAAGGACGUCUUAGGUUGCGCUGAUAUUCUUACGGCAUAGUUUAAUAAGUUUUUGUGUUGGUCGAUUUAAAAAUAAUUGAUAAAUGUGCGUUUAAAAUAUAUUAAAUGUCUUCAUAAACCAUUCGCUUUUACCUAUUUCAUUUGUUUGUUUUAAAUGUUCAAUUAUUGUUUAAUCAAUAGUCAAUACAAACUUUUAAAAACAAAAAAACUUGUCAAAUGGAAUUUAUGUUACGUAUUUCAGGGAUUUGAAUCAAUAUAAUGUUGUUGACAUAUAAAUUUUUUUCUACCUCUUCUUUUCUACUGCUCAUGACUUUUUUACCAUUUAUACGUUGUAAAGACGAUAAUACAAAG